AUGGCGCCUCCAUCAAUCUUUGCCGAGGUUCCUCAGGCCCAGCCGGUCCUUGUCUUUAAGCUAACUGCUGACUUCCGGGAGGAUCCGGACCCCCGCAAGGUCAAUCUGGGAGUGGGAGCUUAUCGCACCGAUGAUAGCCAGCCCUGGGUUUUGCCAGUCGUGAGGAAGGUGGAGCAGAGGAUUGCUAACGACAGCAGCAUAAACCAUGAGUAUCUGCCCAUCCUGGGCCUGGCAGAGUUCCGAACCUGUGCUUCCCGCCUGGCCCUUGGGGAUGACAGCCCAGCUCUGCAAGAGAAGCGGGUAGGAGGUGUGCAGUGCUUGGGGGGAACAGGUGCACUUCGAAUCGGAGCUGAGUUCUUGGCGCGCUGGUACAAUGGAACGAACAACAAGGACACGCCCGUCUAUGUAUCCUCGCCAACCUGGGAGAAUCAUAAUGGUGUCUUUAUUGCCGCUGGAUUUAAAGACAUUCGGUCCUAUCACUAUUGGGAUGCAGCGAAGAGAGGACUAGACCUCCAGGGUUUCCUGAAUGAUUUGGAGAAAGCUCCCGAGUUCUCCAUCUUUGUCCUCCAUGCCUGUGCGCACAACCCAACGGGGACUGACCCGACUCCGGAGCAGUGGAAGCAGAUCGCCUCCGUCAUGAAGCGCCGGUUUCUGUUCCCCUUCUUUGACUCGGCCUAUCAGGGCUUCGCAUCUGGCAACCUGGAGAAAGACGCCUGGGCCAUUCGCUAUUUUGUGUCUGAAGGGUUCGAGCUCUUCUGUGCCCAGUCCUUCUCCAAAAACUUCGGGCUCUACAAUGAGCGCGUGGGGAAUCUGACUGUGGUUGCCAAAGAACCAGAUAGCAUCCUGCGGGUCCUCUCCCAGAUGGAGAAGAUCGUGCGAAUCACAUGGUCCAAUCCCCCGGCUCAGGGAGCACGGAUCGUGGCACGUACCCUGUCUGAUCCUGAGCUCUUUAAUGAAUGGACAGGUAACGUGAAGACAAUGGCAGACCGCAUUCUGACCAUGAGAUCUGAGCUCAGGGCACGAUUAGAAGCCCUCAAGACCCCAGGAACCUGGAACCACAUCACAGAGCAGAUCGGAAUGUUCAGCUUCACCGGGUUGAACCCCAAACAGGUUGAGUAUCUGGUCAAUGAAAAGCACAUCUAUCUGCUGCCAAGUGGUCGGAUCAAUAUGUGUGGCUUAACCACCAAAAAUCUAGAGUACGUGGCCACCUCCAUCCAUGAAGCAGUCACCAAAAUCCAGUGA